AAAAUUUUUGCUAUUAGCAAACAAGCUAAUACUGACAAUUGUACCAGUGUCACGAGUGAGACGACGGUUGCUUCUUGACGAAAACCAACCCCGCUGUCUCGAAGGUUGUUCACCUCUAUCCCCCCUUAAUGAAGGGCCCGAACACAGCUGGUGUCGUUAUGCUCUGGCGCACGCUGUGGAUGUUUGGUUCUGAAGACCGGGUGAACGCUUGGUGGAAUGCGAUUUAUGGGGACGAAGCCGGAGCAGAGAAACCGCAAAAUUUGAUAUGCAUGAGCCCCUCGGCUCAUGAGAUGUAUACACAGGGUUUAUUUGCGCUUGAACCUUUACCUCUGGAUAAAAACUGGGACGGCAAAGGAGCUCUUUGUCCGUUUCUGGUGGCUCAAACAAGCGGAGUCAACUGGCCAGGUCGACCUGACUACCCAGCCACAGCUCCCAUCAGACUUCGAUCCUAGUGGGCAUGAUCUUGGAUUGCACAAUGUGCGUACGGGAGAACCUAUUCGCUCCGGGGACGUUAUUACACUCCGAACACACGAUCCCAUAACCCGCCCACUUCCAGACAUAAGAAUCAUCGAAAUGCAAUGGUUCCUAAACAGAGUCACCGCGUUGCGAGGGGCCGCAGAGCCAAGGGAGCUACCGGAGGACGAGUCGGAAUCAGAUAAAGACGACGGCUUGCCCUGGCUGGUCUCGUCGAGCAUGCCGGAGAAGUCGUCACCACCAGUCUCGUUUCAAGCGACAUUUCCGAAGAGUUCUAUCACGGAAAAGGAGCCCACUGUCACGCUUGGCGAAGCCAAAAAGGAUAGCGAGUAGAUGGGACCGUGUAGAGUUGUUGAGAAGUAGGAAUGAAAAGAAACGAGAGGAGGGACAUGAUCAUUUAGUGUAUGCUUGUUUGCGUGUUUGUCUAUUUGUUUCUCUCGUGACACUUC